CUAAGCUUAGCCUCUGAAUAUCACACUAGGACAUUUGUCAGAAAUCUAUCGCCUUCCACAAUUUCAAAGUUCAGAAAACGUUUGGCUGCAAAUAUUUGGAAUCGUUUGUGAAAUUUGGGGCAAAAUGUACUGAAGGAAAGCAGGUGAGUUAGUGAAGGAAUUUGCUAGUGUUGAACAUGGCCAGAUUUUUACUUUCAAUAAUGACCUUUUUGCUCAAGUUCUUGAAGAAUGUGAUGUGCAUCUCCUUCACCUUCAGCCUUUAAUGAGGAAAAUACAAGAGCAUGAAAAUAACUUGAAAGAUAAAAGGAGUUUGGAAGAGGAGAUUGGAAUUUCAGAAGAUGGUACGAGCAACACUGAAGCUGAGAAGAAACUCAUCCAAAAUGCUUUGAAAUCUGAUCAGUUUGGGGCACUGGUGCAUCACCUUUCACUGGUCCGGAAUAAGCGCUGUCUCAUGGCUUACGUAUAUAAACGGGCAGAAGUCAUCAGAAGCUUGGGAUGGAUGGUCGACAGCGUGCUUCCUGAAGAAAUCCAAGAGAAACUCGGUACUAGUGAAAAAGAGUAUUUCAAAAAUCAUGCUGCAACUCUACAAUCCUACAUGGCAGAGCUCGAUCUUCAUCUGACUGUGGAUAUGAUUCCUCCAAAAGAUCCGCUCAUAAAGGUGAGAGUCCUUGAUGAUAUUGGUGGGAUUGCACUGAGUGAUCAAGUAGCCAACUUAUCAUGUUCCUGCGACGAACUGAUGCUGAGCAAUACAUCACUCAGGGCCGAAUGGAAGAGCUCACUGACUGACUUGAUUGGAGGUCGCAGUGUUGAAAUCGUUCUUUGUGUAGAAAUUAAACUGGUUUUACAGCACUGAUUAAAUGGUAAAUGUGAUUGAUACACGUAAAAUUAUAAACUGUGUCUAAAUGUUGGUGGAGGUAAAAUAUGAUGCUGUUGAUUUUC